AUGCCGCUCGCGUCGUCGUUGACGAGCGCGCGCGCGCUGCGCGGCGACGCCGCGGCGGCUCGCGCGUCGUCGCGGCGACGACCCUCCGCGCGCGAUGCGUCGUCGUCGUCGUUGUUACCCUCCGCGCGACGCAUUGCGCGCGGAAGGUCGUCGCCGGCCGUCCGCGCGUCCGGGUCGCCGUUCGACAAGCUCGAGAUCUGGGACGCGGAGCGCGCGGAGUGCGCGCUCGCGGAGGGCGGCACCGCGGUCGUAUCCUUCGGCACGACGUGGUGCGGCCCGUGCGCGGUCCUCAAGCCGGAGCUCGAGCAGCUGGCGCGCGCGAUGGACGACGUGCGCGCCGUCGCGGACGUCGUCGUCGCGAAGCUCGACGCGGAGGAAGCGCCCGCGCUCGCGUCGGCGCACGCCGUGGGCGCGUACCCGACGACGCUGUGGCUGCGCGAGGGCGCGGAGGUGCACCGGCUGGAGGGGUCGCUGCCCGCGAGCGCGCUCGUGCAGCUCACGGCGAUGCACUUGCUCGACGCGGAGGCGGAGGAAUUUUUGCGCGCGGAGCAGCCGAAGUGGUUCGCGCCGACGCCGCUGGAGCCGAUGGAGAUGGCGUCGGCGUCGCGCGCGGCGCCGGGGAUGUUGAUAUGA